GAGGAGGAGGGAGGAGGAGGAGGAAGGCUGCUGCUGUGUGGCGGAGCGGCGGCAGCGGCAGCACCUUUGACGUGCCCGUCCCCCACGUGACGGCCGCUCCAUUGCGGGGAGGGAGCUGAGCUGAGCUGAGCUGAGCUGAGCUGAGCUGCCGCCGCUCCGGCAGAGCACGGCAGAGCCGCAGCCUCGGCGGCGGCGGCGGCAGCAGCAGCAGCGUCUCCGCCCGCAGUGCGUGUGUGUGCGUGUGUGUGAUGAGCGAUCGCCGCGUCCCUCCGCCCGCUGCCGGCUGACACCCACCGCGCGGGGCGCGCCAGGAGCCGCAGGAGCAGCCGAGGAGCCGCGGCCAGCUCGCAGUGACCUUGGCCCAGAGUGCAGCAUCCAAAAGCGGAUCAAAUUUGUGGGACAUGGCACAAGGAAAUAAUUAUGGGCAAAGCAGCAAUGGGGUGGCUGAUGAAUCCCCAAACAUGCUGGUGUACAGAAAGAUGGAAGAUGUCAUAGCCCGCAUGCAAGAUGAGAAAAAUGGGAUUCCUAUUCGGACAGUGAAAAGUUUUCUUUCCAAGAUUCCCAGUGUCUUUUCUGGUUCAGAUAUUGUUCAAUGGUUAACGAAGAACUUAUCGAUAGAAGACCCAGUUGAAGCUCUGCAUUUGGGAACUCUGAUGGCAGCACAUGGCUAUUUCUUCCCAAUCUCAGACCAUGUUCUGACUCUGAAGGAUGAUGGCACCUUUUAUCGAUUCCAGACACCCUAUUUUUGGCCAUCAAAUUGUUGGGAGCCGGAAAACACAGACUAUGCUGUUUACCUCUGCAAGCGGACAAUGCAAAACAAAGCAAGGCUAGAACUAGCAGACUAUGAAGCUGAGAGUUUGGCCAGGCUACAGCGAGCUUUUGCUCGGAAAUGGGAGUUUAUUUUUAUGCAAGCUGAAGCACAAGCAAAGGUUGACAAGAAGAGAGACAAGAUAGAGAGGAAGAUUCUUGACAGUCAGGAGCGAGCAUUUUGGGAUGUGCACCGUCCGGUGCCUGGCUGUGUAAACACUACUGAAGUGGAUAUAAAAAAAUCUUCAAGAAUGAGAAAUCCACAUAAAACAAGAAAGUCUGUCUAUGGCUUACAAAAUGACAUUCGAAGUCACAGCCCUACGCACACGCCGGUGCCAGAGAGUAAGCCACCCACAGAAGAUGAACUACACCAAGAGAUUAAGCACUGGCAAAUGCAAUUAGACAGACAUAGAUUAAAAAUGUCAAAAGUUGCAGAGAGUCUAUUAGCUUAUACAGAGCAGUAUUUGGAAUAUGAUCCUUUUCUUGUGCCCCCUGAUCCCUCAAACCCUUGGAUAUCAGAUGACACCACUUUCUGGGAACUGGAGGCAAGCAAAGAGCCAGGACAGCAGAGGGUGAAACGAUGGGGAUUUGGCAUGGAUGAAGCUUUGAAAGACCCUGUGGGAAGAGAGCAGUUUCUGAAAUUCUUGGAGUCAGAAUUCAGUUCAGAAAAUUUAAGGUUCUGGUUAGCAGUAGAAGACCUGAAGAAGAGGCCAAUCCGUGAAGUUCCUGCUCGCGUCCAAGAAAUCUGGCAAGAAUUCCUUGCUCCAGGUGCACCCAGCGCCAUCAACCUAGAUUCAAAAAGUUAUGACAAAACCACUCAGAAUGUGAAGGAACCUGGAAGAUACACAUUUGAAGACGCUCAGGAGCACAUUUACAAACUGAUGAAAAGUGAUUCUUAUCCUCGUUUUAUACGAUCCAGUGCCUACCAGGAGCUACUACAGGCCAAGAAAAAGGCUGGAAGCCCACAUUCCUUUUUCCGAGGAGCCAGGAGCCACCUUGAACCGGGGAACUUCUGUAGCGCUUUGAGAGUAACCAUUCACAAAGACCUUACAGCUCUGAACUACAGCACGCACAAAGAACACUUUUUUUCUAACAACUACAAAAUGCUGCAAUAAGCUUUGCUCCAAUGAAACCUCUGUUAGUGGUAGUGGAGCUUGGUAUGCUAGUGACUAAGGAUUUGACUAUCAGAUAAUUGCAAUUAUAUGUUCUUUCCAGAACAACUUGCAUUAUUUAAGAAGAAAAACAAACUCCAAGCAAGCUGGUCAGAGGUUUUGAAAUAUUCAGAUGCAGAGCUCCAAGCUUUAGCCACUGGGGUUCAGUGCAAAGUGCUGCUAAGCAGGCAAUAGGCUCAGGAUUUAUUUCAGUGACUGAACUUACAAAUACAGAAAGUUCACAGAAAAGCCUGCUCUUGUGAACUUUCAACCAGCAUUUGCAAACUAAGAAUCCAUAGAUUACUUAUAUAAUAAAUGGAUGCAUAUCUGUCCAAAUGUUUAAUAAAGAUACUAUGUGAGAAGCAUGUAACAAGUAAUUUUCCUCUGCAGUAACAAUAUAUUUUUUGCGUUGUAUACAGGAUAGUCACAAUAGCAGUUUAAAUCUUUUGAAGCUUCUAUGUUCAGAAGAUGAUAUUUUGACAACAAUUAUACCCAAAAUGCAGGUAUUAGAAUAAGAAUUUUCAGGUCAGAUGAGACUAAAAUUUGGUAAUGACUGAAUUCUCUUUAAUUGUUAUUGCUAUAUAUGCACCAUUUAAACAAGACCUUGAUACUUAAAAGUAAACUGAACUGUGCAGUAUGAUCCAGUAAAACCUGUUUUUAUAAGUGCUCUUUGUACCCUGGAAGACAUGGGGAUGGUGACACUAUUGAUUUUCAAAGGCCAGCUCACCUGUUUCUGGUUACUUUGGCUAAUGGAGUGUGCGUGGCCUGGAAGGGAGAGCCCUGUUUGGCCACAGUUGCCAUGCACCCUUGCAGCUGCCUGCUCCCACGCCUGCUCUCUCUGGCUCCCCUGCGAAGCGCUCAUCAAGUGCACAUGAGUUACAUCCACACCAGCACAGCCAUGGUGAUUUUUAUUUCCCGGUUGCUCCCAGAGGCAUGAACACGAGCUCCAGCCCCAGGCUGACACUUAUUGCCCUAUUGCCAGCACAGCUGGCCCCAGGUCUGGAAGUCUGGUAAGAUGAGUUGAAAGUCCUGUUUCUUCCAUGUGCACUCAUGUUCCCGUUGCAACUCAAAUAUAUUAAAGCGGUUUUCUCUCUCUAAAUGUAUCUUCAAAUAUCUGUGUUUCAGAUUUAUGCUGUUGCCAAUUCACUUUACAUUUUGCAUUUUAUCAAAUGCCUGCUUUAACUGCGGAUAUUUGGGCUCGACAAGAACAAGAGGGAAGUGAGGAGAGGGAAGAGAUUAAAAUGACUUGUGGGUGUAUUAGUAGGAUUUCUGAACUUGGGUUUAGGUCUGCUGAGUCUUUGGCAGCAUAAUUUCUGUCUCAGAACUGUAGUGGUGGGUGCCUACCAAGACUGGGCAGUUCCCAGGCUGGGAGCCCGUUCUGUCCCACUGGCUCUAACCACACCUGGAGCAUGAGAUCUGCUGUUCUGUAAGCACCAGUCUGCUCUCUCACCUUGUUUGCAUCUUUUCACUAAAGCACACACAGGGAAAAUGCUUCUUUUGAGUCUAGCUACCUCAUCCUGAGAGGAUGCAAAGAAACUUGUUCUUCUUGCAGCCAAAGGACUCUCAAAGCCUUGCAUUUUUGGAAGAGGUAAGUGACGGAGGAGAUGGAUCUGCAAAGGUAAGAAAGACCAUUCCUCAGAGAUAGAAAUUACAGCACAACUCUUGUUAAGUUCCCAAGCUCCAGCUUUAUGGAUUACAGUGGAGAACCUCUGCCACACUAAAUGCUGCUUUACUCCUGCUAUCUGUAUCAGGCAAGGAGAUUCUACAGUACUUCCAAGAUACCACUCCACAGGAUACCACUCCAUAGGAUGCUAUUAGAAUAACAGAAAGUGAAGCCAGGUGAUGAAAAACACAUUUGUCAAGAGUUUGGUGUGACAGACAUCCAUUCCUGAGCUGUCAUGUGCUCUAGUAUCUGUUUUACAUUCCUACACAGGGUUUUGUAACAGUGAGAGGAAGUGGUCAAUUCUUUCAAAUUUGAGAGAGACGUGCUGGCACUGAUUUCUGUGGCUGCAGUCAUGUGUCAAGAGAUUAUUUGUGCUGGCACAGUGAGCUCAAUACAUGUCUACAUUCUUGAUACUUGAAUCUCAAAAACUUCACUAGAAGAGAUGCCAGUAAGCUGUUAUUUCCUCCAAGUACCAGUUCUCCGUAGAUAUAAUCAUAGUAACAGCCAUCAUAUUUGUGCUAACACUGGCCAGCAAGGAUUGAAAUCUUGGCCCUGUUGAAAUCUUUGGUAAAGAUUUGGCUGAGAAGUGUAAAUAGGUUUCCACACACAAAAAAAAAAAAAAGUAUGGAAGGAAAAAAUAGAGGUCUGUGUAACAGCAGUAAAAUGUUUUUUAUUUUCAGCAUCCCCAAUGUCAAUGUUCUUCCUCUAUAAAAAGUUCAAAUUUGUUUGUGCUGCAAGGAAACCUCCACAACAAAAGUUCAUUCCUCAUUUUCAUAUCUACCUCCAAAACAAAAUUCCUGUCAGGGCUGUGUUUUAACCCAGAUGGUGGCAGAACUACAGCCUGGCGAGAUACCCGACAGCCCAAUGAGGGCUGAUGGGACAAGUCAUAUGCCAGCUGAAUUCCUUCUGGUGAACAAAGGGAUUUUGUUAUUGUUCUUAAAAGCUGAUGAUGCCCCAGAGGGUAUCCAGCCUUCGGACAGAAAGUUUCAUCUUUGCAAAUGUGAUCUAACAGGUGCCUAAUCAAAACAAGUUUGUUCCUUGAUUGGUUUUAAUUGAUUUUGGAAGCCAGCUCCAUAAAACAAAUACCUGUGGCACCAAAUAUCUAAACCAUGAAAAACACUGUGGAGCAUCAGGUCCUUGACCUAAUAGCCACAGGAAAUUCCAGACUAAAUGUUCCCAAAAGUUGAGUUGAUUGUGCCUUAUCUUUUUGAUGACCCUAAGAAUUACUACUAACAUGUUACACAAGGAUUCGAAAAUGCUGCCAAAAAUUAAAGGUUGAGAUUUUUCCAUUCUAGGCUCUUUACCUAUUUCCCUUUUGAUGUACCUUUUAUUUAUUCAUGAUGCUGAUUCAUUUUUGCUCAAAAACGUGGGCAGCGUGAGCAGCAGGAGCAACAGCAGAUGGCAGCACCAAGCUGCUGGAUCGGGGCUGUCAGCGCAGGCAAGGGGAAAACACGAACUGAGAUUUUAACAAAAGUUUCUGGGAGUUUGUUUGCUUUCAGAUCUCCUUCUUUUCUCCCAUUCCUUUGGAUUUAUUUUGUUUUCUUUCGAUUUUUCUACUCAGUAUUGGAAAAAUAAAGAGAAAAAAGAACAGCAGAUGAGGAAAGUUGCUAUGUCGGGUCAUCCUGUAUUGAUUUAGAAGAAGAUGGUAAGACCUGAUGUGACCUGCUGAAUGGAUGACAUGAGGUUAUGGCCUAGCCUACCAGCACUUCACGUCCUAUUAAACACACCACAGGGGCAACAUCUGGAGGGUUAAACAGCUGCUGGGUAAUGCAAUUUUAAAUACCACUUCAUCAAAGUAAUAGACUCCACAGGACCCUCUUGGGAUCUGCACACUGAUGUGUUCCAGGCUUUGUGUGCUGCAGCCCUUUUGUGUAACACAUUAAGGAGACCCUGAUAGCUCUCACUUUAGCAGAGUGAUAGAACCGAGGUUUGCAAAUUCAUCUACGGAACAACGCCUUGCUGAGCCUGGGAUCAAACACAUGGCCUUUAUGGGUUUUCACUUUUUUUUUGUUUUCUUCCUCAAAGCUUGAUAUUCGGUGUACCCAAAAUUACAGCAAGCUAAAGAAAAGAUUUAAGAAGAAUAGAUUUACUCUUGAGUCUAUUUUACAGCAAUAUAUGAGCUUCCAAAGGAGAUCACAGCCAUGUUUUCUGUUCUCCAGGAUAGUUACAGAGGAGGGAGCAAAUCUUCUCUGUUCUCAACAUAACCAGCCAAGCUCUCAAUCUGAAUAACAAAAGGAUUCCUCAGGCCCUUACCAGACCUGGCUCCUCUUCUGCAUUCUUCAAAUACAAUCCCUAGCUGCAGCAACACAAAUCAUGAAGGAAAUGUGGUCUCCAAUUUGGUCGACCAUGGAGGCUGGUGCCACCACCUAGCUGCAAAUCAACACGCCUGAGAGUAGGAUGGUAUGCAAUUUUCCAAAAUAAAUCCUUCCAGUUUUUCAUAGCUGCUAAGCAACAGUUAGGAGAAGAUCCAUUAAAUAAUUAAUUAAUCAAUCGCUUUAGUCACAUUGAAUAAUUAAUCACUUUGAGAGACGACAGCCAAAUAACUUUUUCUAUUGCCUGCUAAUGCAACAUUUGCUUUUUGAUUCUGAAUCCAGUGAAACCCUUAGCAAACACAUAUCCCUGCUCCUGGGCAGGCAGAAUUUGGCAGCUGUCACUGAUUGAACUUUGUCACUACCUGGAGCAUAUGGAAGGACACUUGGCAACUCCUUUCCAGGGAGAAAAGCACAGGGUAAAACCUGCAGACAGCAUGAGCCUGUAUCCUUUGGCCCAAGUCCAUUGAAAGACUUCAGUUCUUUCUGAGCGAGUAUCUGCCCUUGGUGUUGUCUUUACUUGGACAUCAUUCUCUCUGCUAUAUUGCAAUCAUUUCAGAUUAAAGGGCAGAGGAAAAUUCCUCACUUACCUGCCAUAGUUUUGGUUGAGGUAUUCUGGGUAAUUUUCUUUGUGAUGCCUUUUAAAGAGGGAUGUAGUCAUAGAGGAGCAGGAGGAGUUAUGAACCUAGCAAUAGCCACCACUGCCAUUUUAUUUUGGCUAUUGGGUACUUAUAAACUUUGGGAUGUUAGGAAAAGACCAGAGAAAUGACUUGUUUCAUCUUUCUCUACUGAGCUGUACAAAACAAUCUCAACAGAGGCACUGAACAGAGCCCUGAAUUGUCUCUGAAGUGUGUGCUGUAGCCUCACUUGACAUCCUCCAUGCCACUCCUGCACAAAGUAUUUACACCAGUACUAUCCACAAAUGAUUCUAUUAGGUAACUAUUCUUUGGAAAUUGUAACACUUUUGAAUGCACAUAUAUGAAAGAUGCCCUCUUCUCACUAAACUAGUUUGUGGCCUAUGCUUUAGAAACAGAAUCUAUUAACACUGCAGGCAUAUGAGCUACUGUAAUUUACUGACCGAAGUUAUUUUCCUUCACUCAUUACUGCUGAGGACACCACGGCUGCCCUCCAUCUGUGGAGAGGUCUUCAUAAGAAAAUGGGGAGCAGUAGGGAAACAGCAUGGAUUCUCCAAAGAAUGCAUUAGUUUAUUUAUUUUUUUCAAAUGUCUUUCAUGUCUUGGCUUUGUGCAUCUUUUCCAAGAAGCAAAUGCUUCACAGAUGGAAAGAAGAAAUUUUCAGUUGUAAAAAUUCUAAACAGUUCAGGUGAAAUGAAAAACAGAGCUUCCUGGAGACAUACCAGCUUUUUCUUUUUAUUCAUUUUUUUUUGCCCCAGCCUCACUUUGAUUGUAAAAAUAUUCACCCACCUCCAGACUUUAUAGCAUGAGAAAUGCCCUUCCUGGGGUCUAAUCUAUGCCUGAGGUAUCACUGCAGGUCGAUCAGAAAGGAAGGCUCCUAUUUCCACACAGACUUUACACAUCUGCUCUGAUUCUCUGCAGGGUGGAUCCUCAGUAACCCUGCUGCAAAAAUUGAGUCUUGUAUAAACCAAGCUUAUACUGGCAUAGCUCCUCUUCUUCUACAUUGUGAUCAGGCAGAGGUCUAAUUUGUCCACUGAUACUCUGUUUUCUGUCAAUUCAAAAGGUUUGGUAGUGAAAUUAGGGGAAAAGAUCACAGUCAAUUGGUGAGAAAGAGUAAUGAGCUUAUUUUUGGAUUCCUCCUGCUGAUAAAACCUUUAAGGAUUUAUGGCAGAUCAAAUUAGCAGGAGCUUUAGUAGAUAGCCUCAUAACCUUUGGAUAGCCGACACUGCCUAUGAGGCAGUUAAAUCUACUGCAGACUCCCGAUGGGGAGCUUAAUUCAUCCUCCAGGACAUCUGCCUUGGAGCCAGACACCCAUAGCCAGACUCUUACACAUCCAGGGCCUCCCAUGUGGAGACUGAGGCCCAGCAGUGGACAAGAGUGCCUGCCUAGCGCUGCUGGUGGCCGUGAGGGUGGAGCUGGAGCAAUCCCCACAUGGGGCAGGCGUCUGCAAUGAGCAGAACAAGCACAGGGCACCAGAUCAUCUCCUGGGUGCUGGGGGGUGAGUCCAGUUCCAUGGGCUCUAAAUCGUUUGGGACCCUCAGGAUCAGAGACUAAGAAAAGCAGAGAAGGUGGCCUGUGAUUGUAGGCUGCUGCCACGUCUUGGGGAAGGCAGGUCUGACACGCACUAAUGCUUAAAGCUCAGGCGCUGGCGCCCUUUGGAUAUUGCAGUAGAUUUUACAACGCACAUUUGACAAACAUGCCGUGCGAGGGCCUGCAGGAAGAGAGCGAAACACUCAGCAGUGGGUGCUGAAUCAGGGUCUGAGCGUGUAAUCCAAGGCUAUUUGCUAUAAAGUCUAGGACAUUCCCUUAAAAAUGUUGAGUUGGGCAGGAAAUGUCUGGUUACUUGUGUAACUGUUUGCAAGAUACACAAACUCAUCAGGCUCUGACUCCUAAGUCUUAUGACAAUAAUGCAUUUUCUUCCAGACAUGUUCAGUUGCAUAUCUGAUACACAUACUGCUCAGCCAAAAUGACUUGUUAGUGAUUUAUUUGGAAUAUCCAGCCUUUACCAUAUGACAUCACCUCCUCAACUUGAUGAAAAAAAGGUUUAGACUGAAUUCUUCCCAUUAAAAAUAAUGGGGCAAUAGGUUUCUUGAUGCCAAUAUUUACUGAUAUCAAAGAAAAAUAUUGUCUUGGUUAUUUGUCUUAAUUUAGCUCAAACAGUACACAAAGCACAGUGUACAAAAACAAUAUGUUCCUUCUUCUAAACCAGAUCAUCACUUACUAAUUGCUAUAUGAUUUUAAUGAAAACAGAGGCAUGAUUCAGUUAGGCUUCAUAAAAAUUAUCUCACUAUAUUUGUUUCUUUUCUUACCCUGAUUGAUAGAGAGGCAUGUAAAAUUACAUUCUAUAUCUGCCUUUACACAGAACCUCAGAAUGAUUGCUUUUAAACUGUGCAUUAUACAAAAUACAGGAGAAUGAGACCCAGAUCCUUUGCUAAGUUAUGUAAGAAACAGUUACAUUAUGUAUAUGUAAUUGUAUAUAUACAGGUAAUAAAAUAUGUACUCUGUGUCUGUGUGUGCCCACACAUAUUAAAUUAAUUUUUAUACUUUAAUUAAAGCUUAUGGAUCUCUGAUAUUUGAACAUUCCUAAAAUUCAGGUGUUGUAUUUGGAUACAUUUUGCACAGACCAUUCAAUAUAUUUAAAUCCAAUAAAAAAUCCAACCUAGCACUAGGGCAAGUUCAUGUGAGAACUGAUAUGCUCAGAGAGAAUGCUUUGCUUAGGAGCAAAGACCCGGAUGCAGACAGAGCUGUGCCUUACCUUCCUGUGACUUUUGUCCUGUUUAGAAACUCACAUGGAAUCCCAAGUGUUGCAAGCUCAGAUAAAACAUCAGAGAAAAAUAAUUUCAAGCAAGGACAGACAUGUGAAUAGCUAAAAGACUUUGUAAGAACUAGUCUGCUUCCAGCACACCAGAAUAAGAAAGCUUGAGCCCAGAUCUUUUACUGAGGACUCUAGGAUACAUUUGAUGAUGAAUGAAACUGCCCCUUCUCUGUUGCCUUUCCAUUGCUUAAGAAACCUUCUUCAGAAGUUACAAAUGCAUUUUUCUCAGACCUUUCUACCACAGCACGACUCAUUUACAGGCAUUCAGCAGAUCUUUGCUUCCAUCUACAUUGGGAAAUUUCUCUUCCUGCCUCCUCUUGAACAGUUCCCAUUCCAGGCUCCACACCAGGGGUGUGGUGCAAUGGCAACCAUGUUCUGUCAGUGGCAAUCACAUCAAAACCCAUGAAUUGGUGUCUCCUGGACUUCAGUGACUGUAAACAAGCCCAACCCUGCCACACAUGCAAAACUAACUUUUAGCCAUAGCUCACACGCUGUUACUUUGGGGAAGGGGGAGAGAGGAUUUCUGCCUGGUUGCCACUAGAUGGAGUGAAGCCAAAACUGUAUAUUUUAUUAGGCUUGUGAUGGAAACACAUUCUUUCCCUAUAUGGGUUUGGGGGUUUUGUUGUUUGGGUUUUUUUCUUAAAUAAGUCUAUUAAGCUGAGAACCAAGCCUGUCUGGUUCUGGACUGAGAGAGCCCUGUUAAUGUUAGUGUGUUGCUCUGAUUUGUGACUUGGGUUCACGCAAAGGAUUGAUAACACAUGGACUUUCCAUGCUGUACACCAGAGAACUGAAGUAAAAAUUUUCUAAUUACUUUCCUUUCUUUGUCUUCCAGCACCCAAUUCAGAUGAGUAAAAAAGGAGUUUUAGCUGUGGAGAGAGUCCUUGUGCUGUGACUGCAGAGGCACACAGGUUCUAUCUUUGGGCUUCUAAGGCGGAUCAUUAAUACCUGGUGGUGCUGGCAACCUUCAAAGAGUUUAAGCAAUAGCCCAUCUUUCCUUUUCCUCUUUCACUCUGUUAGCCCACCUUUUGCACUUGUCCAUGCGUGCAUCUAAACUCCUGUGCUCUGCUCGACUAAUUACAUGCUCAUAACACAUGGGGAAAUCACAAGAUAUUUCUUCUUGGUGUGCAGUAUAUUAUCAAUCACUGUUUUCAUAGCACAGCUGGUACUCCCUGAUGUGCUCAGCAUUGUUCUACUCCAUCUAGGGGAGCUUGGUUAUUGUUUUAAAUGGCAGAUGACAAUAAGGUCACAGCUAUGGUUUCUCAAAAUCUAGUACAUACAGAUGUGUACUUUGAAAAGUGCAGUGCAGUUUAAAUGGUGAACAUACCUACAUAAAGUUCAUUACACUGUAGUUUUUUAAUGAUACCAAAUCUGCAUAUGCCUGAAACACUUAAGUCCCUGAAAGCCCAAGGGUGUUUUAGGAACUGUUUUGCUUAGAAAAUAGAAUAGAAUAGAAUAGAAUAGAAUAGAAUAGAAUAGAAUAGAAUAGAACAGAACAGAAUAGAACUACUUGAGUUGGAUCUUGUAGUCUGAUCCAUCAGAUCCAUCAGCCUGACCAAGGGCUGACCAAGUUUAACACGUGUUAAAGGCAUUGUCCAAACACGUCUUUAAGGCACUGAAAGGGUUUGGGCAUUGAACACUUCUCUAGGAAGCCUAUUCCAGUGUUUGACCACCCUCUCUAUAUCUACUAAACUCCUAAGAAUAUUUAUUUUGUCCUACAUUUCAUUUGGCAAGAAAGUAAGCAAUUUUUUCAUACUCUUCCUUGAAUCUGAAUUAUAAGCUAUUUUUUUACCCUUAUUCCUUCUGAAGCAGGAAAUAUUACUACUUUACAAACUUUGAAGGCCUUCUGUUAAGCAAAUGAAAACCUUGCAGAUCUCUGCUACUGCUAAUACUCUUCCAGAUGAGGCUGCUUGGAUGUUACUUCUUUUCCACCAAGUGAGGUUCCUUUUUACAGAACUCAGUGAUGAAAUGAUUUAAGGCAAUAGCUGCUCAGAAAUCCAAAUACAUCUCAUCAAAAGCCUUUUAAAAGAAAAUUUUGUUGAGGAAUGUUUCUGCUUGAAGAAUAAUCUUGUAUUUUCUCCAGGAAGUUUUGAACACAUUCAGGAAAAAAUAGAAACUUUGAAACAUUAUUAUUUAUACUUUAAAUAUUCUGUUACUGUAUUUUUCAUAUUUUUAAGAAAGCAAUGAAAUUACUAAUCAUAACAGAAUAAGAGAUUAUAAAUAUGAUUAUUAUUAAUUGAUGGAUAUUUUGACUCUAAACAUAAUUUUGUUUGAGAUUUUGAAAUGGGUUAGUGGAAAUUACAGAACAGCAAAAAACCCUGACAUUUCAAGUAGAGUGCAUCAAUUUGAAACCAAACCACUGUUUCUGUCUAAAAGAGUUUUUCAACCACUUUCAGAGAGCUCCCCAUGCCAAAGGCUCACCUCCCCAUGUUGUGCAUGCACACUUUCAAGUCUGCCAGCGUUUAAUAAUGAGGGACAGAUUGUGAGAUCUCAGUUGUGCAAGCAAAGCUGAUUUUUUCCAUUCCAAGACUGGAAUUGAAGUGAAUCAGGGCAAGAGCCAGGCAUCUCAUCAUGGACAGGAGAAGAAGAGUGGGCAGGAGUAUAGAACAGAAAGGGACAAGGACAUGCUCUAGCAUCCCAGGCUUGCUGCUUCUGGGACUUCCAAGGGGAAAGGGAAACUGAGCACGGCUGGGCUGCUUCCAGCUAGGAUUCUGACAACUUCCUACAUCCCAGCUCUUCCUUCAGCAAAGCAGUGGAAACAUCCAGUUUAGCCCUCUGGCACGCACAGUCUGUUUUCUAACCAAAAGGCAUGACUUUCUAAGCAACCAAAUUUUUCUAAACGCCACUUUUAGCUGGAUAGAGCUCUCAUACCAUGACUUCCCAGUUAGGAGUAUGGCAAGAAUGUCCCAAGUACUACAGGACACUUUGAUGCAAAAAAUAAAGGGUUCAUUGACCCUUCUUCACUAAUGAUUUUCUGAUUGUCUCCCUCUUCCUUGAAAAUCCUGAUGGAGUAUUGGUUCAAUAUCACAUGUUACAAACAUCAGAUACAUCAAUAACUCUUGAAAUUAGCAUAGGAUUUCUUUCAGGGCUCUCACACACCUUCUAACUGUUCCUCAUCCUAUCUUCUUCACAAUAGCUGGCACCAUUGCAUUAAAAAUGUGCUACAGAGAAGUUUAUGAUUAUUUGUUGCUUUGAUGAAACACUGACUAUAGCCAUUAAUAUCCAUAUAAAUUUCUAACCUGCAUGGGUGAGGUUAGAAAUUAACUUCACUUUCUUAAAAAUCACAUUAAAUACAAAAGACUUUGUGAGAUUUUUUUGAUACUCAGUGGAGAGAAAGAAGCAUGUUUAUAGGGCAAAUAAUUUCUUCUGAUGCCAUAGAUGAGGCUAUGAUACCAAUUACUCAAGGGUAUCUUUUUCCUUCUGCCAGUCACAAAAGGGCACCUAGGUGAAUAACCUAAAGUUGCUAAUUAAUACUUUAGAAGGUAAAAUUGCGUUAGAUGAAUCCCAACAACCAUGUUGUAACUUUAUCUUGCAGUGAAAAACAAGGGUUUGGCAAGCAAAAAGCUCUAUAUUAGACUAUAACUAUGUAUAUGCUAAUGUAUAUGUAUUUAAAUAAAAAUGAAAACCCUUAAAUGAA